AUGCUCACUGAUGGUGCUGGCAAUGACGAUGCUGGAAGCUUGUCUGAGUGUCAGGGGAGAAACCGAGGCACGGGGAGAUUAGAACAGCGCUUCCGAGGCUUCGUGCCUGGCUGGGCCCCUGCCGGCUGCCGCGGGAGGACAUGGCGAGGCCGGCCGCGCGGUGAUUCUCCCCCCCUGAGGCGGCCGGCCGAGGAGACGGAGCCCGCGCGGGAGGCGCCGGCGCCGGCCCCGGCCUCCUGCAAGGAGCCGGCGGCCGCCGCCCCGCCGGCCGCGCUGCCGGCCGCGCUGAUGCAGAUGCACUGCCAGUGCCAGCUGUGCGUGAGCGCCCUGCAGGCGCAGAUGAGCCUCAGCGUGCGCUUCAAGGAGCACUUCGCCCCCAAGCUCUACGAGUGCCCCGAGUGCCAGAAGACGUUCCGGCAGAAAGGGAGCCUGACGGUCCACGAGCGCAUGCACACGGGGGAGAAGCCCUACGUGUGCCUGGACUGCGGCAAGUGCUUCCGCAACGGGGGCAACCUGACGGUGCACCGGCGCGUGCACACGGGCGAGCAGCCCUACCGCUGCGACGCGUGCGGCGCGGGCUUCAGCCAGAAGGGCAGCCUGGUGGUGCACCUGCGCAUCCACACCGGCCAGAAGCCCUACGAGUGCCCGCAGUGCGCCAAGAGGUUCAGCACCCGCGGCAACCUGGUGAAGCACCUGCGCGUGCACACCGGGGACCGGCCCUACAAGUGCGCCCAGUGCGACAAGAGCUUCACGCAGCGGGGCAGCCUGACGGCGCACAUGCGGAGCUGCCCCGAGGCCGCCCGCCGGGCCUGCUGCGGCCCGGACGCCGGCUUCCCCUGACCCGUGAGCGGGCCCGGACGCCGGCUUCCCCGGACCCGUGAGCGGGCCCGGACGCCGGCUUCCCCGGGCCCGGCCCCCGCGCCCAGCCGCCCUCCCGCCGCUCGCUUUUUCCUCCCUCCCGGUCAGGCCCGGCAAGGGCCCGUCUGCUGAGCGGCCGUCGCCGACCCUGCCCGUCCGGGGCUCCCCCGGCCCAGUCCCCGACCCGCCGCCGCUGGCUGAUGUUUCGCUUGCCGGCGGAAUCUCCCCCUCACGCCGGGCGGGCGCGGGCCUUGACGGAAGCCACCACUAGCGGUCGCGUUGCCACCAAGAGACGCCGGGCCGGCCGUGUCCCCGGCCGGGUUUCCUCUGCCAGAACGCCGUUACCCUGUGGCACGCACCCCCCCCCCCCUUUUGUAUAUACCUUUUACCGUUUAUUCCCGAAAUGAAGGAGUUUGUGAGGGCUCAGCGUCCAGGGACACGUGCAAAGCGGACGCCAGUGGCGACCGGAGCCUUUAGCCGGGACCUGACGGACUGAUUGUGGCCUUAAGGCAUUUGUCUAACCUGGAAAGGGCGCGCUGGGGACCCGGCUCCGCCCGACCGUCAGUAGCUGCCCUUCCAAAAGCACUUGUGAGCCCCUGGUGGCUCAGCGCGAAGUCCUGACGUCCCGCAGCGUCGUCGCCUGAAUAAACAUUGCAAUAAAGUGCCUGGUCCGUAGGUAUUCGGGCCCCGGUACCCACACGCUGCUUGCUUUCCUUUCCGCCCCCUUCUCCUCUCUCAGAGAGCGUUGUGCCGUCCUAGCCGUUUGCCGGGACCAGAUGGAUUCCUCCUCUAGGUUUCUGGGGCGUCUAGAUUUAUGCCCAAGGGGAUGCGUUUAUGUUUGGGGUGACCUUUGCACAAGAAUUCGUUUCUCGUUCUGUCCGGUACAGGUUUGGGGAGUGCCUUUGGUGCUCUCCAGGGAUGUGGGCCUGGCUGGGGUCCGGGAAUUCACAAAUAGGGGGCCCGCAGGGGGAAUCUCUCCAUCUGUGCCAGGAUGCUUUGUCUCUCCAAACUCAAGAGUCUUAGAAGCCAUCUAGGGGAGGCUGAGAAGUAAAGGGACAUCCCCAAGGUCACACAGCACCAGGUGAAUCCGGCUCUUCCUGGCUUGGAGCCCGGCUCUGUCCACUCUCCCCAUACAAGCUUUUCCUUUAGUUAUCUUCCUUCUGAUCCCUCUAGGGCAGGAAAGAGUUCUUAGUGUAGGGUCUGGGAUUAAAAAACACUGCAUUUAAAUAUGGUUGGGCUUCUAUGUAUUUAUAUAUUUGAAAACAUUCUUCUGAGGAGGAUUCAGCAAAAGUUAGGAAUCCUUGCUUGUUGCUAGCUGCCCUGGCAAGUCGCCUAACCCCAACUUCCUUGCAGGCAAAAAA